AUGGUGGGAGCGGGAAGGAAUCUACAAGCCGCCAUUGGAGCCUACUAUGAUUUCGAGAGUCCAAAUAUCAAUGUACCCUCCAUGUCCUUUGUUGAAGAUGUCACCAUAGGUGAAGGAGAGUCCAUCCCUCCUGAUACCCAGUUUACAAAAACAUGGAGGAUACAAAACACAGGGACAGAGGCGUGGCCCCCGGGGGUUUGUCUGAAGUAUGUCGGGGGAGACCAAUUUGGCCACGUAAACAUGGUGAUGGUCAGGUCCCUGGAGCCCCAGGAGAUUGCAGACGUCAGCGUUCAGAUGUGCAGCCCCAGCACAGCAGGAAUGUAUCAGGGACAGUGGCGAAUGUGCACCGCCACAGGACUCUAUUACGGAGAUGUCAUCUGGGUGAUCCUCAGCGUGGAAGUUGGAGGACUUCUAGGUGUAACACAGCAGCUGUCAUCCUUUGAAACAGAGUUCAACACGCAACCACAUCGCAAGGUAGAAGGAAACUUUAACCCAUUCGCCUCUCCACAGAAGAACAGGCAACCAGAUGAAAACAACCUAAAAGACCCUGGGGGUUCCGAGCUAGGCACAAUCAGCAAAAACACAUGGGGGCCUGCUCCUGACCAAAUCGAACAAGAUCAGAAUGGACUGUCACAAAACUCUGUAAAUCUCUCCCCCAGCAGUCACUCGAACAACUUGUCGGUAGUGACAUACAGUAAGGGUUUCCACGGUCCUUAUCCCUUCGGACAGUCUUAAAACAUAAAAACACAAAACGGGUAUCGACAAGAGGAGAAUUUAACAAAGAACUGACUUUUGGGGGAAGGGAGAGGGGGAUUCAUGGCAGACAGACACAACGUGGACCCCCCCUUCUCUGCCUCCGUGUUCUGGAUAAAGAAGAAAAACAAAAGCCCAGUAACUUAAGACUAGCUGUUUCCAGAGGAAAAUACAAAAUCUAAGUAUGCAUGUGUGAAUGCUGGAUUUCAGGAGUGUUGUUAAAUGCUAUGAGAAAGAAAAUAUACCAACACCAUGGGGUUUUUUUUUUUUUAGAAAUCAUUCUCACAUAAUUAGGUAGCUUAAAAAGUUUAAAAAAUGAAAAUGAAAAAGCCAUCUUUAAAAAAAAUAUUUUGCCUACAGAGCGGUUGUAGUUUGAGCAAAUGUUUAAUUUCUGUUUGUUUCUUGUUCUUUUUUUUUUUUUUUUAAAUAAGGGACAGCGUGCAUUUUUACGGAACUGUCAUGGUUUGCUUGCUACCGAAUGGGAAUUUGCUUAGCAUCUUCUGGGGUUUGUGCAGUGACUUCUUUUUGUCAGACAUUUUUAGUGACAGGUUGGGUCUGCACCUAGCUCUGCAUUUUUAAUAUCAUCUGCUGGUUUUAGUUACCAACUUUAUAAUCUUGUUUCUUCUUUUUUUUUUUUUUUUUUUUUUUUCUCUUUUGGUUUGGGUGUUGCUGUUAGUUGUCCUGCAUGUCAUUGGAAACCAUGCUGAAGAACAGGUCUCAGUAGCAAAGUUGGAGAGAAAGACUGGGACUUCUAGGAUAACGUGGAGGGCUCAUUUCCCUUUCCCUUGUACAUGAAGUACAGGCAAAUACACACCCGUAUUAAUAAGAAACAGAAUUAUUAAAGUUCCAGAGCUGUCCUAUGUGGUUAGCAUCUUAAAAAUACCUUUUUGUUAACUCUUGAUGUACAGUAGCUGUGCCUAGAGCAAGCAAGCAUAUCGGUCUUGUGCCAAGAGGAAACUUUUUCUUUAGCAAUAAUUCACUUGGUAGUAGUUGCAAAGCUUCACAGAAGUCUUGUCCUUUUUAAUUUUGAAUCUCCCAUUUUUCUCUUAGACUCUAAGUUCGCAUUCAUUUCUCCUGUGAUAAAGCAUUAGCUUUCAGGUUAAUUGUUUGCAUUUUUGAAUGCAGAACAAGAGUUUGCAUCAUCAGCUGGAUUCGGCUCUGUCGCCUUGUAUUCAUUGGCCUUUACCAUCCUGACUUGUAGCUUCACUGAGGCUUUAACCUUCUAAAUGGUCUCUCCAGGGGGAGGAAUUACUACUUUAAAGAUUCGAGUUGCUCUGCUGUUCCUCAAAAAAAUUUCCUCCGGUUAUGGAUUGGGAAGUCCAGCGUGAGGGAAAGAGAAUGGCAGGCAGUGAGUGCUGUGCUGGAUUUCUGAAGUGCUGUGUCACCACAGAUCCCGCUGAAGGGGAGUGAAGUGAGGGGACACCGUUUUAUUCAGAAAUGUGAACAAGGCUGGAACAGCCAUCUGCCAAAGAUACAGUAAUGUGCAAAGCUCCCACUACCUUCUUCCACAUCUUUCCAGUGAAGACUCUUGUUCUUGUUGGAGCAGAGCGCAGACUUUACUGCAUGGUGUGUGGCUUUACGCUGAUUGCUCUCGCUCUUGACUAGUUGUAUUUUCUUGGCUGGCUUUCAAUGGGGGAUUCAUUUUCACUGCAGCUACCAAGGACUCUCUUAUCGUAGUGCAUACAGAUGGAUCUUGUGGGAGGACAGUGGGAGUUCCUUGUAUCCAACAGAGGAAGAAUCGGGCAAUAGAUUUUGUUUGCAUUUCAGAGGUUCAGUUGUUAAAGGUCACUGUUAUCUGAAGUCUCCUUUCCAAAAGCUCUUUGCUGGGAGAAACAAAUAUAAUGUAAGAAAUUACAUGCCUAAGAGGUGUUGCAGGCUUUGGACUCCUGGCUGUUUGCACUUGCAGUUUGGUGGGUGCCUGGGUCUCUCGGCGGCUUGCUAGAGCUGGUGAGCGUUAGGAACCCCUGGUGCUGUGCUGCCUGCUCCGUGCAGCUGUAGUGUCUGGUUCUUGUCCUGUAACAUCAUUUUGCCUUGGCUCAGUUAUCUCUCAGCCUUCAGUCUAGGCAAUGAUUUGCAUCGCUGGGGUUGUGUGGACAAGUGGAUUCUUUCCUCACUCCCUCCUUUCCAAGCACGUGGCUUGUGCAACAAGCUCUGAAGCCGUGAACACGUCUCUGGCCAUCACACCUCUUGUGAUACUGAAGGUGUCUAAAACACUGCUGUUUGUCCAAGUGAUUAGGUGAUUCCUUAUCUUUAUUAGCUCUUUUAUCAUCUGUGUAGUGGAAGGGGGGCAAAAUUAACAUCAGAGUCUGUAUGUUAUAGCUGGUGCUGCAACCUUUGCCUUUUGUCAGCUGAGGCAUCUGGGACACCCUUGAACUUGGAUAUCCCCACGCUGGCUUGCUUCUGCUCCUGGCCACCUCUGCUUCUCCCGUAUAUAAUGGCUGCCACAUCUGUGUUCCUGUGCUCCUCCUAUGACUGAAUUUUCCUUGGGAAAAAAAAAAAACAAACUUGCAUGCACCCCAAUAGUUGUGUGCUUUCCCACUCAGAAGGCAUACUUGUUCUGCGCAGACCUGAACUCACUCUCUCCUCUUGAGUGUUUUUUGGUCCGUGGUGUCCUUGUGGCAAGGGUCACUUACUCCAGGGGGUGAAGAAAGGCAGGGCCGGAUCCGAGUUGCUGCUGAAAUCUGCAGCGUCUUGCUGCUCACAUCUCCGCUCUCCCCCAGGCAGCUGAGCGUGAGCGCUCUUGUCUGUGGGAACGGUCACACAGAGCGCUGUGUGCUCUGAGGGUUGGCCUUGUAACCCUGGCUGUGAUAGUGGAGGAACAUUUAAAUUAGUGGUUGCUCUACCUCUGGGUUUUUCCUCGAGUAAAAAACUGUUUCGCUGAGGCCAAAGGUGGCUUUAUCUCUUCUGGUUCCUUGGAGUUCAGUGGUGCAGCCAGCCCUCAAAUUGCUCUCACUGUCAGGUUUCCAGCUUUUAAAGAGGGGGAUUUGAGAUGUAUUCAGCAAAGCUCUCUCCAGGUGACUUCAGGACACUGUGAUUGUAUUGGUUUCCACAGGGCUGAUGCAUUCAAACUCGUGGAGUCUUAACAUCAGAUACAUGAAACAAAACAGCCUGGCUUUUCGAAAGUGCUGAAUGCCAAAUAUUUUUGUGAGCCUGGAGUGUGUGUGGUGGCUCGGAUAACCCGAUCCACGUGAGUUACGCAGAACUCAGGCCUGUUA